CAGCUCUGGAGGCAACAAAACUACCAUGGACUAAUGCUUCAUGACUGACUUGAUUUCAAAAUAGUCACUUUGAUGUACAUACCUGCACAAAAGGCCAGAUUGCAGCUCCGAUUCGCUGUGCGCACCUGUUCAGUCUUUGGCAUCAUCGAGGCAGGAAAAUAUUGAUUGUUGGGCGCUCAUCUUUCAGACCUACUGGUGCGGUUCGCUCAUUUUGUAUUCGCAGCCUGCCGUCUCGACCAUGAUUUCAUCGAAACUACCCUGAACGACGCAAACCGGUCGCAGUCUCUGUCUCCUUGCCCCCGAGUCUGCAGUCGUCGCGGCUAUGCGAAUCUUCCUCUUGCCUCUUACAACGCGACAGGCACUCGUCUUCUGUCAACGCGGCGUCCAAAAGCCGAACGCCAACCCGACCAUCAUCGAUCGAUUGACGGCAAAGGCCGCCGAGACAUGGGCCAAGUGGGAAGCAGCAGAUAGGGGAUGGAGAAAAACAGUCGUGUACUAUGGCAAUCAAGGCCUGCAGCGCAUACCUUACCAGGAAUGGGGAUUGAAGAGCUUUCCUCCUUCCAACCCCAAACUGCAGGCCGAGCAGAUUGCACGAGGCAAGAAAUUCGAUGUCAUCUACCCUGGUAAUGUGAUGCACAAAGACGAUGUGCCAAAAGUUCUGGCAAGGCUGGCGAGGGAAAGAAAACAACUGCAUUGGAAUCGCUUCAUUGGAAGCAUGGUCGCCAUGCCAAUCUGCAUACCAUUUGCUCUGGUACCUGUAAUACCCAAUUUUCCCUUUUUCUAUGCUGCAUACCGGUGUUGGUCCCAUUGGAAAGCUUUGAAAGGUUCAGAUCAUUUGGAUUUUAUCCUGGAUAAUCGACUCUUCCGGCCCAUAUCACCUCCAGAGAUUGAGGACCUGUAUGAGCAGGUGGCACCCGAUGCACCGGAUUUCACGUUUGUCACGCGAAGCCAAGUCCUCGACGGCAGUGCACCACCCGAACAAAUCAUCCUCCCAGCAGACAGCCACAACCUGGUAGCCAAAGUGACAGGAGUGCCAGAGCUGAGUGGGGAGGUGGAGAGAGCAAUAUGGCAAAUACAAAGACAGUUUAGGCGUGACAAACAACAACAUGAAAAGCGGGCGCUAUCGCAGCCUCAGAAAGACGCUGGAAGCACUGAGUCCAGAGCCAAAGGUCAAUAACGAAGAAUUGUUCGUGGGAUGGGUUAUGAGAUGAUGACGAAGGUAGAUUCGGUAGCAAGUCGUCACGUUGUGCUGCCUUACUGUACAUUACUGCAUGCACCCCAAAUGAGGGAAUGCCAAGUUCGACGGUUGAAUCAACUCUGUACACACAAGAAAGAGCUGUUUAUAAGACCACGGGUAGUCUGUCUGACCUGGACUGCCUGCAAUGUCACUCGUAGGAGC